UCGGAGAGCUACGGCUGCGCUUCACUCUCGGCUCCUUUGCUCUGGUCUGGAUGUUGUCCGCACGCACGCGUCAGGCCGAGCGAGGCUCAUCGAUUAAUCGGGUCUGCUGGCUGUAAUUCGGCUCUGAACCGCAGUCCUCAGCGCGAGGUCCCGCCCGUCUGUCCGCGCGAGGCUCGGCGAACUGCAGGCGAACCAGGCGGAACCGGCGCAGCCAGCGAAGCCCAGUACGAGUGCGAUGCUUGGGGGACGGGCGAGGGACUGAGGCCAUGGGCUGUACCUCGGCCAAGCAGGUGUCGGCCGUGCCCAGCGACGAGGAGGGCCGGGGCAAGGCCUACAGCAACGGGGACCUCUUCAGCGAUGAGUACAGGAUGAAGGGAGUGGAGGAGGUGAAGUACCUGCGUGGCAGAGAGGAGGACAGAGUCAACAGUCGCAACCAAGAGAACCUGGUGAGACCUUGCAGACGACCCCAUGUUCCCCCUGAGCACUGGUCCGGCCUCCCAGCCGUGUGGUUCUCCGUGGAGCCCGUGAGAAAAUGGCCGCUUUGAGGCCCGGUGUUGGAGCUGUGUAAGAAUGGAGACUUUGCCCCCCCCCCCCUGCUGGAGGUGACUGGAUUCCUGAACACCGUCUCCUCCUUGGGGGCCCCAGCCGCUGCUUUACAGAUGGAGCAGCUCGGUCUGUACGUGUCGUUAUGCGUGUUCCAGGGUUACCCUGGCUACUGGUGUUCUGGUGACCUUCAGCUGUAAGAGUCAGCACUGCGUCAUUGGUCCUCGGACCUGUUCCCCAGUCACCCCUGCAGACUCCGGCCUCCCCUGCCCUCCGCGCGGCCGUUUACGCAGUGAGAUAGGCGCCGCGUAACGGUCUAUGUCUCCGCGCACCACCUCAGUGUGUCGUUCUUCUGCCGUCACGCACGCGCUGCUCCUGAGAGCACGUUAGGACAUGCCGGCACGACGCUGGAAUGCUCUGCCGUGCUGCUUCGCCACGCUGCUGUUUGUUCAGCCCUGAUAGUAGCGUGUUCAUAUCUGAUUCCCCCCCCUGCUGCGUGGAGGGGGUGGGGGGGACAGAUGAAGUCGUCAUUUCGGGCUGAUGGUUUGCUGGAACAAUUCAGCUGCGUGGUGUGAUAACAAACCUACUGCUAUGUUUUGGGUCAAACAUCGACUGUUUCCGGCCCCCCCAAGAAACACACACACACACCCUGACAGUGAUGUAGAGGGAGUGCAUACACACACACACACACACACACACACACACACACACACACACACA